UAGAAUGAAAGCUUCCCAAGUUUCAAUAUGGCGGAUGUGAAAUUGCUGCUAAGGAGCACCUGUGUAUUUGAAAUUCAUUUAUAAAUAAAUCAUACACACGUCAACGAAGAGCUAUGACAUUUGAUUUUAACUAAGUUAAUAUUUUUCUUGAAGGAAAUGCAAUCGUCCGACCUAUCAAAAGACAAAUCUUUGAUUAAACAGGUCCAACAGGAAUAAGCUUUGGAUCCUACAAAAGUUGUGUUCAAGGUGACGAGUGCCACAGACUUCAAUCUGAUGAAGCGCUUCAAUCAGCAGACCCCAGACUUCCCGGUCAGCCAUCUUGCAGAGAAGAUCCCCAUUCACUAUCGCAGUAGCACAAAACGCACCAAUCAGCAGGUAGUUCCUGUUUCGCCGGCCAAUGUGCACGACCUCUCGCACGUCCCCGUCGAUCUUAUCACCGGGGAGGACGAGGAUGGUCGCUCUUCACGGGGCUCGCUUUUCUCUUCUAAACAGCCGAAAACCCCGGCCUUUCUCCCAGGGGACCGGGUGAUAUUUGCAGAGAGCCCAUCUGCGCCAGGUAUCCCAGUGGUGUACCGGACACCUGAUGAGCGAGCUUCAAAUCCUGACAGACUCAACCUUGACAGACGGAAGCUCACUGUGUGCCCAAUACUGGAGGGGGAGGAGCAGCUGCGCCUGCUCAACUACCAGCACAAUGUGAUCCAGAAGAUCCAACACCUGGGCUCACUCAAGCGCCUCAUCUUCCUUGAUCUCUAUGACAACCAGAUUGAGGAGAUAUCCGGGCUUGGGUCCCUUAGAUCACUCAGGGUACUCAUGCUUGGAAAAAACAAACUACAGAAGAUAGAAAAUUUAGAAUCCCUAGUCAAGCUGGAUGUCCUUGAUCUUCAUGGCAAUCAGAUCGGCAGUAUUGAGAACCUCAGUCACCUGGCAGAGUUACGGGUCUUGAAUCUGGCGGGAAACCUCAUCACACACGUGAGUGGUCUGGCAGGAAUGGACUCCUUGGCAGAACUGAAUCUCCGCCGGAACAAGAUCAAGACUGUGACAGAGGUGGACAGGCUACCAAGCCUACAGAGGCUGUUCCUAAGCUAUAAUGAGAUAUCAAGUUUUGAGGACAUAGCAUGCCUAGGAGACUCAACGAGCCUGUCCGAGAUCUCUCUGGAUGGCAACCCGCUCACACAGGAGCAGUACUACAAGCAGAUAGUCCUCCGACACAUGCAGCAGCUCAAACAGCUCGACAUGAAGCGGGUCACAGAAGAGGAGCGAAGGAUCGCACUGGUGAUGGCGAGGAAGGAGGAAGAGAAGAAGAAGGAGAUGAACAAGCUCUCCGUGAUGAAGGGUAACUUCUCCACUGGGGCACCUUUUGGCCAUGCAAAUGAAUGGGAAAAGCGACGACUUGCAAUAAACAAUGCAAAACGAAACUGGGAAGUGUCCCAGGGCUCGUUGAUUCAGCGCACAUCCAAGAUGACUCGAACCCCUGACCUCUAUGCCAACCACAUUGGCUCCCUCCCUAACGCAGAGGUUGUCUCCCCUGAUCAGGAGGGCGAGGAAAGUCGUGACGAGUCCGAGUCUGUGACAAGCAAGCACAGUAGUCGUGCAGACAGUCGCCCAGGUAGCGCCCACAGUCUGACACUGGAUGGUGGGGACACAAGGGAGCGCCCCCGCACUGCCACCCAGGGGGCACGCCGACCUGGCAUUGUCACAGAAACCAAACCUGGCCUGUACAAGGAGACGUUGCUGUUUGGUGCGGAUGACAAGUUGGGUUCAAAUCUGAACAAUGUGGCUGACCUAGAGGGUGACCGGCUGACCCUGUACGGACCAAAGUCGCUGGAGGCAUUGGACCGAAACUGGGGCAUACAGGCUGCUGGUGCCGUGGCAACCAUCAUCUUUAAGUUCAUUGACUUUGAGGAGAUAGCAAAACAUCUCGCAAAAAUACGUGUUCGUUUCCCAGCCACUCAGCACCUAAUCUUCAGCGCCACAAAUAUCCGCAGUUACCAGCAGUUAAAUGCGCUCACCUGCAUCCGUCGCCUAGACAACCUCACAAUUGACCUUGAAGGCAACCCUGUCACAAAGCACAACCUCUGGAAAUCCUACGUGCUCUUCAGACUCGCACAUUUUGCUCUCAAGAAAAUCAAUGAUGUUGAGGUGACAGCAGCAGACAUCCUGUCUGCAGAGCAGCUGUUUGGAGCCGUGUCGCAGAUGACAACCACAGAGCUGCCUCAGUCCCGUCUGCUCUCGUUGCUAGGGGAGACCAGAAGGAAGCAGCUGGCCACCAUGAGUGAAGAGAAGUCACGCAAGAUCCUUGAUGGCUCUAUGAAGCUGGACAAGGUUCAGGGGGAGUUUGUUGGGCGGGCAGGCCUCACUUACCAAACGGACGGAGCCAAGACUCAGGAAAUGCAAGCAAAGAGGAGUUUUGCUCGGAGUUAUGUGAAUGAAAUGACUAAAGAGGCCAUAUUCACAGACAGAAAGCGGAAUGAACUCAUAAAAAUUUGGCCUCAGAUAUUUUACGAGAUGGUAUAUUCAGCCAUGUCAGACAUGAGUGAUACACAAUCAUACAUGAAGAAAUGCCUGGAAGACUUGGAAAAGACCUAACAGCAGCCACAUGUGUUGAAAAACUUAUUUUCAAAUUGAGCGUCUGUGCUGGUACUUUGAUGUGUGCCAUGUGACCACUCUAUUGGUAGUUUACAGGAAGUGGCUGGGUGAGUACCAGGGAACAGGAAGUGGCUGGGUGGGUACCAGUCUAUUCCGGUUUAGAUUGUUGUGCUGCCCAAGCAGGAAACAUCCAGUCUUAAGAGAAUUUCAUACAUGAAGUUUUCUGAAUCAGACAACAAUGGCUACAUAAUGCUGUUGCUGGAGAAAGCCGCCUUCUGACACAAUUCAGAUAAAACUGGUAGUCUGCCAUGUUAACGUCAAGAUAGAUUUUGUUUUAAAUAAAUCUAGCCUAUUUUUUCCAGAAAAAUAGUUUUGUUUUCAAAUUUUGUAUGUUAUCAAAACUGUGCUUAUCUGUAAGCCUUGCCAUAGCAAAAUGAACAAAUAUGUUAGUUUUGGCACUGUUUUUUUUUGGAUCAGUUAUGUUAAGUCUGGUGUGGGUUUCUAGAUAAAAUCUAACUGUGUGUCUGUUUGGUCUCUAUUAUAAUCUAAGAAGUAGACAAAAGUGUAAAUGUCUACUUUUAUAAGAUUAUGUUUCAACUAACAGAGUAUUGCCCCUUGGUCUUUCAAUAAUUGGCUGAAACUGCUAUGUGUUGCAUGUGCUUUAUAAUUAAUAAACAGCUAAGUUGUUUGUCUUUAAAAACUAAAAAAAAAUGCUUCAAGACAGUUAAUCUUUUACUACUUUUUAGAAAGAUCAUUGAGACGAAAUAGCACUAGCUUCCUGGCAUUUACUGAAUGAAACAAUAAUAUUUUUAGACAUUGUCUUUUGAAUACAUCUGAACAGGAUUAAAAACAUAUAUAUUAUGAGUGUGCUUCAUAGACAAGUUACUUUAAUUGUUAUGUUCUGUAAAAUGGAAUCAUGAUAGUAAAUUAAAUUGAGGAGAGCUCUGGAAAAUUGGCUUAUUUUAUGUGCGCAGCGUGUUGUCCCUGAUUAGCCUGUGAAGUCCCCCUUUGCUAAACACUUAGCACCAAGACUUAAUUUUCACUUUGAAGAGACAAACUUAACACGAAAAUUACCAUAAAAGGGGAAAGUGUCAUCCCUGGGACAAUACUCACAUGUCCAAGAGUGCUGCUCAGUUUCAUAUAAGUUGUUAAUCAGGGGUCCUUUUAGUCAUGAUUAUUUAUGUAUUCAAAGCAUUAAUCAGUACUCAGAAUUUUCAUUUGACAUGUUACAAGGGUCUGUCACGGAUAUUUGUAGACAGAAGCCAGGAAUUAGGAUCUAUUUAUAUUCAUAUACCACCCUGUCCCAUGACAGGUUACUAUAUGGCCCUAUUCCACUACGAAAACAAGCCCACGAUUCGCUGCGAUUUCUCACAUUUAUUGAAUCGGGAAGACUCGUGACAGUUUUCGAUUCAGUUACGACAGUGGUACGAUUGAGUUACGACGAAUCGUGGGGUUCGGUUGAAGUCUUAAGAAUAGGGUCGGGACUUCACUACGAUGUGUACGAAUCAACUGCGACUGUACUACGAACGAUGCAGAUCGGUCACGACUAAGCUAGAACCUCACCGAACGCACCCAUGAAUACGGCACCAAUAUCUACUGGUAUUGAUUCUAACACGGCACGCGACUUGUUUUCUAUAGACAAAUAAGGAAAUAAAGUGUUGGUUAUUCUUCAAUAAAUUAUGGGCGGAGCUCAAUGUUUCAAAAAUAGUUCCGAAUAAAUAAAGAAAAUAUUGCAAUAAAAUGCACAUGCUUAAAUCCCGAUCUUAAAGAAAUGUAAAAAAUGUAGCACGUAUAUAAAUGUAAUGAAACAACAAAUUGUAUAUUUGGUGAUAAGUGGCAUGACCACGCCUGCUAAGAAUUUGUUUGUUAAGAAACGUAAUUAAGAAAACAUUUAUAGCAUGUCAGCUUUUCAGAAGAAUUAACACAUGUGGCGUCAUUUAGUUUCUAUGAGUGUUGUUCUCAAUGAAAGUGAUGUAAUUUGCAAAAUAUUUAUGAAUGAAAACGACAUCAAAUGUUUGUACAAUUCAAUGACACCACUAAAUAGUGAACUUUGUACUAAGAAGGGCGGAGUAUUGAAAAAUAUAGUUCACGUCCAACAGCUUGAAGCAAGUCAAUCAGAAUCGUGUAAGAAUAGAAAUAAUAUUUUUCUAUGAUGGCUUGUUGUCGAAUAACCCACAGUAAGGAGUAUAGAUUCGUGUUAUCAAAGCACUCGUGCUCCGCAUUCGUGAUUUAAUUCCUACGCAUCUAUACUUCUUACUGUGGGUUAUUCGACAACAAAACAUGAUGGAAAAAUAUUAUUUCUUUAUCAUUCUUUACAAAAUCGUAACUGUUUUGUAACUAAAUCGUGAGAAUCUAAGCGGGCUCGCAACUCAAUCGGGGUGAACUCUUGAGAUUCUUGACAAAGUCGUAAAUGAUUCGUAGACAGAUCACGUGAUCACCGAUUCCCCGAUUGAGUCACGAAUUACCUAAGACUCCAUUAUGACGCCCAAGAACGUACUACGACACUGUUACGAGUCAACUGCGAUUAAAUUCAGUCUUGGAGGUCUUGGUCAAAUUUAAACACAUUUAAAAACUGGCCGCUAUUUUUUAGGAGCUCACGACUCACCCGCGACUAGCUACGAAUGAGUUAGGACCUUCGCCAAUUGAUUUACGAAUGUCUCCGACCUCAAAAUAUUUGAAAUCGGGACAAAUCGUGGGGAAUCGGGUCGUAGUGGAAUACCCCUAUUAGCAGCAGUUUGAUUUAUACGAGUAGGAUGCAUGAACCUUGUUUUGCUGAUCACAAACAUUAUACCUGAGCAGGCUGUAAUUUAUUACAAUAAUACAACAUAGUAAUACAAUUCAUAGAUAAACUUUACUGAAUUAUAUUUUAUGCUCAUUUUAUGUGAUAUAAAAGGCAUAUUCUAAUCCAUUGUUUUGUAACAAAUUAUGGAUUGAUAUCAGAGUAGUAUUUUUUUAAUCUAAAGAUGUGUGGCUCUUUUGUUCAUAAAACAUAUGUUCAGAACAAUGCUGUGUUCUGAUAGCGUCUAUCCAUGGAUAAAUAGUGCUGUUAAUCAACAAUAUAGUGCUUCUUGUGCAUUAUUGGUGAACAAACCAGGCUUUACACAACCAAUUUGGCCCCUUGCCUAUUUCAUAGGCCCAAAGCCCUGCACGGGUCCCAUAACUACAAAAGCGCUUUCUCUAACACAUAGUCUCAACUCAAAAUAUUGACUAAUCAAAUUGCUUGUAACGUUUGAGCCUUUUUGCCAAUUUCUAAAUGUAUUACAUUUUUUCGUUGACUGUGCACAGGUAUACUCUUAGUUUUUGGCUUGGUUCUGUUAUUAUCAGUCCAGAAGCAAAUUUAAAUUGCUGAUAUCCAGUUUUAAAUAGAUUUUAAAGAGAUAGACAUGCACCAAUACAUUUGAGGCCUGUGUACAAAGAUUAGAAAUUAUUGUAUCACUGCUAUUAGAUGUUCAAAUUUCAGAAGCUUUUGCACUAUUAUUGCUGUGUUAAUCUUUGUUUUGAUAGUAUCUGAGCUCUUAUUUUUAUGCUCCCCCAAAAAAAAUUGGGGGGAGCAUAUAGUCGCCGCUUCGUCUGUCCGUCCAUCCGUGUGUCCGUCCGUGCAAAUUUUUUGUCCGGGCUAUUUCUCAGCAAUUAAUGACUGGCUUUCAAUGAAACUUUAUGGGAAGCUUCACUACUUAGAGGAGAUGUGCAUAAUAUCAGCCAGUUCUGGUCGGAUGAUUUUUCACAGAGUUAUGGCCCUUUGAAAUUUUCCAUUAACUCUACAUAUAGUGCAAUUCUUGUCCGGGCUAUUUCUCAGCAAAUAAUGACCAGAAUUCAAUUAAACUUUACGGGAAGCUUUACUACCAAGAGGAGAUGUGCAUAUUAUCAGCGGGUUCUGGUUGGAUGAUUUUUCACAGAGUUAUGGCCCUUGGAAAUUUUCUAUAAAAAAAUUAUUGUCCCCCCAACUACUGUGCCCUCAAGACGUUUCCUUUUAUCUGAAUAUAUAGUGCAAUAUUGUGGAAAAAAAAACUUUGGGGAGCAUCACCCGUCUCCGACGGUUUCUUGUUUUUAUUUGUAUUGUAACAGAAGUUUUUGACAAUCUUUCAUUACACAUAUAAACUUUGGUGCCUACUUAUUUGGACAAGGAGUGUUUUCAUAAUGAUUCAAUAAAAAAAAUUUUUUAAGGACUUGAAUGGCAAAAUAAAUUACCUAUACUAUCCUAUUUCUUUAUUGUGAUAUUUUAUUGUUUGUUUUGUUUUAAUUUUCUACUGUGGCACAGCUAUGUUUAACAUAAUGUGUACUGACUAAGUUGGGUAAUUAAUUCAUUAUUUAUUUAUAGAAUAAUUUUGCUUCAGUUUGGGUGAUUGUGUUUUUUCAUUCCAUUACAAUCUUAUAGAUCAAUGAUGAUUGAAAAAUAUAUAGUAACUGUUUGAUUUAAAUAUUUUGUUUUACAUGUCAUAAUUUGUAUGUACUACACAAUAAUUAAGUUUGUUGGAUUUGUGAGUAAGAGGUAAAAAAAAACAUUAAUCUUUUUGUAACCAAGUAUCACCAUGUUUAAAUUUUUGUCACAAGUCUAAAAUCUUGGAUAUUUUUAUAUGAAAUGGUUAUCAAUUUACAUAUAUAUACAUUUUAGCUUACCUGAGCACAAAGUGCAAAUUUUGAGCUUUUGUGGUCGCCUUUUUUCCAUUUUUAUCUUGUGAGCACUCUAUAGGCCCCAUUUAUUGCCCUAUAUGUAUGAAUCUUUAUUAGAACAUUUGUCCCCAUGAUUUCUUUGCCUAGUUUGAAACUGACAAUGUGAGGUCAAAAACCAGAUUAUAAGGUCAAAUUUUAAAUAGCUUGAUAACACUUUAGAUUGCCCAAUCUCCAUGAAACUUGCUCAAAAACAUUUGACAUCUCAGAUGAGUUUGAAACUGGGUUAUGUUGGGUCAAAAACUAGGUCACUAGUUGCAAUUAUAGUAAAAGCUUGUGAACUUUCUAGAAGUCAUUUUUUUGCACAACCUUCUUGCUGUACUUCAGUUCUAAGGAUUACACCAUGGAGUGAGAUAUGGCUAUUGUCGGCUGAAAAACAUGGCAGCCAUGCGGUGGGGCAGUUUUCAUUAUUGUAAAACCAUUUUGAGUCACAUUUUUACCUUCUCAUUGCAAAACUUGUUCAGAACGUUACAAUAUUGUAUAUAUCUCGACUCAUUUUGAUAAUGCUUUUGAAUUGUUACAAAAAAAAUUGCAUGUAUUGGGGAAGUUUUCAUUAUAAGUUUAUUCCAAAACCUUUUGAACACUUCCUGCUAAGCACAGCAAAGUUUCUUGCAGUCUCAGGUGAGACCCUUAGGGCCUUUGGCCCACUUGUUCAUUCAAAAUUCAGUUCCAAGAAAAGUGUUAAGUAACAAGUGUAUUUUACUUUUUAUGUUAAAAUUGGUAAUUUAUGUUUACUUUUGUUCCUAGAAAAUUGUUUUGCACUUCUUUAUAACAUUGCAUACUGCAUACUUUUAAUUUAAUUCACCCUAGUGCUGUACACAAUUGAUGCAAGUUUUGUUCAAUUAUAGUAUUUAUUUAUUGAUGUAUUAUGUUAUGUUAUUUAUUCUUGUCCAUGACAAUAAAGAAACAAAGACAUUUUU